UGAGAAAUCAAGUUUCAGUGAUUUUAAAUGAAUUAUGUGAAAUAAAGAGGGCAAGGGUUUAUAUCUCCUCCAGAAUCUUAGAGUCAUUCUGAUAGUUGGGAUAAUUUUCUGCGUGUUCUGUUUUGAAGGGAGCAAACUUUUCUAUUUAUUUUUCCUCAGCAAGUAUAAAUUACAUACUUUCAGGUUGAAUUAGGAAAUUCUUUUCAGAAAAUAGCUAUUGUUUUACAUAACCCAGAUUGAAUACAGUUAUUAGUUUAACAUAAAUCCAGGAUUUCCCAAGUUCUCAUCCACAAAGUGAGCAUAGACAUUUUGAGGGUUGUAUUUGAGACCCCAGCAACCUCAGAAUGGAUGGGGAACGACGACAUCAUGUUGUGGAUAUUGAGCAAACCUCAACAGAGCUGUUGCCCAGAAAUCCAUACUGUUUGAAUGAAGGAAGACAGUGUGGUUGUACAUUGCCCAAUGUGACCCUCCAGCCACAGUGGGUUACAGCAAAACCGUGGUCACUCUGGAAAACAUUUCUGGUGUGUCUCUUGGCCUGUCUAAUUGCCACAACCCUUGUUAUUCUGGUCUUAUAUUUUGUCCACUUUGGCAAGCACACCAACAGUACCACUAUCAUCAUUCAUGCAGAUGGAAAGUCGAAUCGUGUCACCUGCAUCCCUGAUUCUACCCCAUCUCCUACCUCAUCAACCCUGCCUGGAUCUUCUACCCAUGCGGCCACCCAAAGCUCCUCUGCCAAGGUGUCUCCAUCCUCCAUGGAGACAACUGAAAUAACAACACUGGACCAUGAAGUUAUCAUUGAAGAGAACUUUUGAGCCCUUAGCUCUCCUCAAGCCAGACCAACACCCUUACCCCAAAGGAGGCAUGUCCAGUGUUCUCUCAUCCUGCCAAUGGGUUGCAAAGCAUUUGGUUUCAUGAGAGCUUGCUCCUCCCCCUCCACUCAUUUGCUAUAUUCCCAUAUGGUAAUGACUCAGUCUUGGGCCCUCCAGUGUUCAAAUGAUUGGAAAACAUUUUUUUUUCAACUGAGGCUGAUUGAUUCAUUCAGGCUGGCGCCCAGUGUUUUCUUUCCAUCCCUCCCAUACAACCAACUUUAUUCUUCACAAAUAGUGGUUUCAACUGCUGAAGAGGCUGCCAGGAGGAUGCUGCUCUACUUAGAUCUCUGCCUGUUGGUUCUGAAGCCAAUAUUUAGCACCUAGCUAUUGAUUAUUUUCUAAUCUCAUAACUUCCCUAUUUUCAGCAUUUAUAUUCCAGUAGGGAGAAGGAAAUGUUCAACUAAAGUGGUUAACGAGUCGGGGGUCUGGGUGGCUCAGUUGGGUAAGCGUCCAACUCUUGGUUCAACUCACGUCAUGAGCUCACAGUUCAUGGGUUCAAGCCCCACAUCAAGCUCUGUCUGACAGCACAGAGCCUGCUUAGGUUUCUCUCUCUCCCUCUCCCUGCCCUUUCCCUGCUCGCUCUCUUUCUCUCUCAAAACAAAUAAAUAAACUUAAAAAACUAAAGUGGUUAAUGAGCAAGAGUUUUUAAAUACCUAUUGGUCACUACAGAGGCAUUUCUCUUGGGAAAUUCAGAAAAGAAGUCAGUGAAGUUAGGAAUAAUCAAGGAAGAUUUUGGAGAAGGACUAAAAGUUGAAAAAGGAGGACUUACAUAGAGAUCAUUAAAUAGAAAAUGAGAGGGUUAAGGGGGUUUAAUAGAUUUAAAAUCAAAAGCACACUUAGGAACACUUCAAAUGUAACAAGUGAUGUAUUUUAUAUUUCUGAAGUUUCACUGAUAUUGUCGAUAUUAUUUUCCAUAUUUGAUAUUUUGCUUAGUCUCCAAACUACUAUAAACUAUUACUUAUAAAAUUUGUAUUUUGUACUACAAGUUUGAGGGCACAUUGCUUGUAAUUUGCUAUGAAACACAAGACUUAUUCAAUGUAAUUUAUAUUCUGAGUGUUUAAUACUCACUGAAAGCAUACAUGUUUCAUUCUGGGAAAGACUUUAGAGUUAAAUUAACCUGCCCAUUCCACCCCCAACCUCCAAACUCUACAAAAAUGGAAGAGUGUUCCAAACAAGGGGGCUCCUUCCCAAAGACUCAGCCCUAUAGCCUAUAUCCAAGCCAUUAAAGCCUUGGUAUCCAGCUUCCAACUUCUGCUUGUCUUUUGUGCACCAUUAAAAGUUCUAAAAGCAUUGUUUUGUUUUCCUAAAGCAGAAGACUUUGUGUUCUCUAUCAUUCUAGGUUGAGUUGCUGCAGGCAACAAUAAGUCAUGUAAAUUAGCAUGACUUUGAGGCCUUACUGAGUAAUUAGACUCCACAAAAGAAAGAUCAGAAAUACAGUCAUUCCUUACAAAAUUGUUAUAUAUGGACUAGUAUUAUUUUUCAGACACCAAGAAAUGUAAAAAUUUGAGUAUUUAUUUAAAAAAUUUUUUUUUAAUGUUUAUUAACUUUUGAGAGAGAGAGAAGGAGACACAGAAUCUGAAGCAGGCUCCAGAGCUGUCAUCGCAGAGCCCGAUACGGGGCUCGAACCCAUGAACUACGAGAUCAUGAUCUGAGCCGAAGUCCAAUGCUUAACCAACUGAGCCACCCAGGCGCCCCCAAAUUUGAGUCUUUAAAGAAUAUAUGUUUUUUAUAUCACAAAUAUCAUUUGAUAAUACAAUUCAAGAAUGAUGAAAGUCAGGAUGCCUGGGUAGCUCAGUCAGUUAAGCAUCUAACUCUUGAUUUUGUCUCGGGUCAUGAUCUCAUGGUGGUGAGACUGAGCAGGAUGAUGGCACAGAGCCUGCUUGGGAUUCUCUCUCUCCCUCUCUCUCUCUCUGCCCCUCCCCUGCUCUCUAUCUCUUCCUCUGUUUAACAGAAAAAAGAAAAAAAAUGAUGAAAGUUGUUAUAUAAAUUUUAGAAAAAAAAUCACAAAGCUCUAGAUAAGAUUAAUAAACAUAAGGGAGUAAGUGUGCAUGCAUUUUCCCCCAGGCAAUCUUAACCCAAGUCAUUUCUAUUGCAUUUUUGAUUUAAAAGCUUAUGAAGAAGAAAGACUAAAAGCACUAGGUUUAAAUGUACUUUCUGAUAUGACUUAAACUUUGUGAUAUAAAAGUUAAAAAAGUUUUUUUAAAAAGACCUAAAAUAAAUUUACUGCUAACUAAAAAAAAAAAAAAAAGUUUUGUAUUCUAGAAGACAUGCUAAGUUGUAAUAAGAGCUGUUGUUUACUUCCCUUACUUUUAGAGAUAAUACAGAAUGCAGUAUGGUAAUAUGGAAAGGAUAGCUUCUUUACGUUUAAGGAGAAUCUUAGCAAUGGAUUUCCCAUGUUAAAUAUUGGGGUGGAGGAUAUUGCAAUUAAAGUUAUCUGAGAUCAUUAGAUUUCUGGGCUUGUGACUAAUGAUGUGAAUGAACUCUUAGGUUCUUGUUUUUUGCUUUAGACUUUCAGUUUUAAAAAGUUUAAUAAAAUAUUAAAAUAGUAAA